AUGAUUAAGUCUACUGUGGUAUACAGGGAUGACGGGUUACCGCUGUGCAGUUCUGUUGACGACGAUAUCAGCGACCUUUCGCUGAAUGAGCAGAAGAAGCGGAUCAAAAUGGUCGUGUCACGUAUGACACCCCAGAGUGCCAAUGAGGCUACACUAGAGUCCAAGGACUCGGAGAUACACUACAUUAGACAGCAAGGUGUGAUAUACUUUGUCAUUUGCGAGGCAGGCUACCCUCGGAACUUGGCGUUUUCUUACUUAAACGAUGUCGCUGUGGAAUUCCAGCACUCAUACUCCAAUGAGUUGAGCAAACCCACUAUCAGACCAUAUGCAUUUGCUAGCUUUGACACUUUCUUACAGAGAACUAAGAAGGCCUACAGUGACAAGAAAGUGCAGGACAACUUAGAUCAAUUGAACCAAGAGUUAGUGGGCGUCAAGCAGAUCAUGUCCAAGAACAUAGAAGACCUGUUGUACAGAGGUGACUCCCUGGAGAAAAUGGAUGACAUGAGUAACUCUUUGAAGAUAUCAAGUAAAAAAUACAGGAAGUCCGCACAGAAGAUCAACUUCGAUCUGUUGAUCUCUCAGUAUGCACCAAUCGUCAUGGUUGCAUUCUUCUUCGUAUUCCUAUUCUGGUGGGUUUUCUUAAGAUAG